AUGAGUUGCUUUCCGCGUCAAUCAGAAUGUUGCUGCUGUUCGUCUUGUUCGCCCUGCUGCAAUUAUAUGGGUGAUUGCUGUAAUAUUCGUCGAAAUCGGUCGUGUAUUGAUUGUUUUCCAACGCGAAUGAUCCCUGAUGUUCAAGUACCUCCCAAAAAAAUGAAGUCUAGAUCUCCUCCAAUUAGGCCUUCAAUAACAAAAAAUAAUAACAAACGCACAUCCAAAAACGGAAAGCGUUUAAGUGUACCAGUCGAGAGCGAACCCAGUAUCGAACCUAAAAAUCCUAAGCAAACAAAGAACAAGCAAAACUUUCAAUACCAAGAUCUUAAGAAACGUAUGGAGGUAAUAAGCGAGGAAGCGGAACAAGAUUCCGAUGAUGAACCAUUUAGCAGCAAAAAUAUUCAGAAUUCAUGUGCCGAUUUUCUCAGUAUUGUACAUGACACGGUAUUAGAGACGGUGCAGAGUUCUGUUGAAUGCAUGAUGAGAAAUUAUUUUGUUCAUACAAUGGAAAAGGUCGAAACGCUGUGCUCGCAGAUGAUGAGAAAUGAAUGUUUACUAAGCAAAAUGUAUUUGGAUAUUUUAGAUAAAAUAUCACAGCAAAGCGAGAAAAGUCUACGUCAAUUUAAAUGCCUGUGCCAAUUUAUUGCCGAGACUCAGAAAGAAGUUAGCGAGGAUCGUACACAGUAUCAUCGAUGCAAUUGUCCGAAUUGCACAGGCACGGAAGAAUCUUUCAUAUCGCUAGCUAAAGAAAAAGUUUUAUCGAAAGGACGCCGUCUCUCUGGCAGUGGUAAUAGUAAUAAUAAUUUCAAUGGUUACACGAGUGAAUUAACUGCACGAAGCUAUCGUGACACCGACAACGAAGUAAAACCUAACCCCUCUCUGACGAGCUGCACAAAUUUAAUACAACCUAAAACUAAAUUACUUGAAAAACCACCAAGUAAUAUCAGCAGCCUCGGUAAUGAGGUAAAUCGACGAAAUAUUAAACGAUUGAGUGAAUCCAGUCAUUUCGAGAUUUCCAAUAAUCGCAAAAUUCCUGAGCUUCCAAGGGUCGAUGACUGUUUUAAAAUCGAACAGUAUGAGAACCGUAUAGAAGGUGGCAGAUACGUUAGUGUGAAAACGGGGCCAAGUGAAACGAACAUGUCGGAUGUAAAACUGUAGGGGCAGCUAAUUUACCUUCCUGCCGUUUUUUGUGACCAGUGAAACUUAACUGUGCAUUGAAAGUGGCGAAUUGACGUUUUUAUUACGAAUAUUUCGAUGAUCCUUGAA